AUUUCGACCACCAUUACCGGUAUUAUACAUUCACUGUUAUAAGAGUCAUGCCAGCAUAAUCGUUCGUCAAAAGGCUUUUAUGUGAAGCUUGUGAACGAUGCCUUUGAGCAGAUGGUAUGCAAAACCUAUGUACAGUUUUGCUCCUAAUUUUCUCCUCACCGUGAAGAUUGAAAAACCAUGCUUGGAUUGCAUUUAAGAGAGCUGUAAAUGACCGUUAACUUGAUGUUCAUGUUCCGUUGUAUACUUUCAUUGCGAUUGAUAAUGGACACACCCGAACAUAGUGCCGUGGAACAUCAUCAUGUGAUAUCUAUCAUCUGAUCAUGCCGAAAAUUAUUACUCGGUUGUCUUUUACCCAUUUGAAGAAUCCACAAGAUAACUAGUCUGGAUGAUUUUGACUCUUUGUCAAUGAAGCGAUACCUGAUGAGAUGGUGUGCUUUGUGUAUGGUUGCCAUGGUGAUGAUCGUGGCAUGGGAGAUGGGUUUCUAUGUCGCUUCAAUUACAGAAGGAAGAGGUUCACUUCCCAAGUAUCACACGAAUCGAAGACAGGUUUCCUUGAGCGAAACAGAAGAUCCGAAAAUGAUUAUCGAACGUGAGCAAUCUGAACGACGAUCAAAGCUGAAAAAAGAGUGCGAAUUAGCCGAGAUGGACUCAAACACGGUAUCGGAAUACACCAUAAAGCAUAUGCUUGUGGUGGAAGAUUAUGAACUCGUUUAUUGUUUCAUCCCGAAAGUGGGAUGCAGCAAUUGGAAAAGGAUUCUAAUGGUACUUGAUAAUCAAACAGAUUCCGUCCAAGGACUAACAUCUGAUGAAGUUCAUAUAAACGGGAAAUUCAAAUUUCUGUCAACGUAUGGACAAGAAGAGAGGAAACGGAUCCUCAAAGAUUACAAUAAAUUCUUCUUUGUGAGACAUCCUUUUGAGAGAAUCCUCUCUGUAUUUAAAAAUAAGCUGGAGAAUCUAAAAAAUUACCGGAAAAAUCGACAUUUCCAUCGAUUUGGGAGAGAAAUGAUCAAACGUUGGCGAUCAAGCGCCAGUCAGGCCGAGCUGUUGACCGGCGAGAAUGCAACAUGGUCAGAGUUCAUACAGUACCUUACCCAUACACAAAGACGAAGAAAGUUUGAAAUGUCAGAUGUCUAUUUCAGUGAUCAUUGGACAGAGAUGUACAAGAUUUGUUCACCCUGCGCUGUAGAGUAUGAUUUCAUCGGCCUCCUUGAGAAUGUUGCUGAAGAGUCGAAAUACUUUCUAGAUAAACUGGGCGUGGGUAGAAAGGUACAAUACCUUGGUUCUGAGACUAGUAGACCAACGAAUAGUUCAGAAAGGAGUGUCUAUGAAAAAUACUACUCACAACUCUCUCAUGAAGAUCUGGUCAAGCUAUGGGAAAUAUACAAGUAUGAUUUCCAAUUCUUUGGUUAUCCGAAACCUUGGUUCGUACCAGAUUUGUGAUUUUAUUUAAAUAUAUAUAUGAAUAUUGAAUUGUAAUAGAUGGAGCUGAAAUUUUCUUCAUUGAUUAAUUUUAUUAUUAUUAUUUUACAAAUACCUGUUAUAAAGUUCAUACUAUUCGAUUUCAUGGAAGUGUUUUCAAGAAAUUAAUUAAUUUGAUUUAGUUUUAGUUAUUUAGAGUACCGUUUUUCCAGUUAUGUAGAAUGUCUUUUCUUAAAUGUCCUAUUGCAACAUCAAAAUCAUGAUUGCUUUCUUUGAUACGAAGCGAUCAGAUUUGGGCAACAUGCACUCAAUAUAAUGUUGAUUUUAAGUUACGGAAAGCAAAUGAUAUAACAGGGAGAUUUAUCUAUAAUUGAAAGUUGCUUUCAGAGAGAGAGAGAGAGGGGGGGGGGAUAGAGAAAUAGAAAUGCAGAUUGUUGAUUUCAAUGAAAUUAGAUUUAAAGAGAUAAAACUAAUGAGAGAGUUGUGUUUUUUCUUUAUUCUGUUUUCUUAUUUUUCUCCUGUUAUACACAUCAUUUUAAUACCAAAGUUGGAUUUCGAAUUAAGUGCUAAGAGUGAUAUAUACACAACAAAAAAAGUAAGUCCCCCCUAAAUCAAAUUGCUGUAACUUUUGAACGAAAUUAUUUUGAGAU